CAGAUACUUCUGAUCAGCAUUAUUUAAGACACAUACUCUCGCUUCAAUGCUUAAGUGACCUUGUUUUUGAAGAUUUUCCUGUAAAAUCCACAUCACUAUUUCUAUUACCCUAAAAUUUUAUAUUUGUUUCAUCUAACACGUUGAAAUGAUUAUAUUUGCUCGGCAAUCCAAGAGAAUGUAUAAACUAUUUCAACUCAUUGGAUAAAGCAAAAAUAAAAUUACACAAUAUAGAUAUUCCCUAUAUCUCGCUAUGUUUUAUUCACCCAUCAAACCACGCAUACCCCCAUUCAUCCCUCAAUCUAACCCUCAAUCAAUUCAUUUAUCCAUUCAUUCAUUAAUCAGUUUAUCUUUUAUGUAGCGGAUUGAAAGAGAAUCAUAUAUUUUGAAGAUAUGUUGCUAUUAAGUAUUUAUCAUUCUUGCUCAGAAUUUAUUUUUAAUAAAUAAUAAUCAAAUAUAAAUGCUAAUUAUUACAAUUGUGUGUGCCACCAGUGCAUACAAAUUGAAAACCUUAUUUGUUUCAUGUGCACGGGAAUCAAAAGUUGCGCCUGUCGUUAUACAAGUACUCUCGAUAUAGUUUCUUUGCCAACAAUAGCAGCCCAUAUAAUCGGGGAAGUAUAUUAUAGUAGUUUUGUAAUGAUACUUUCAAUAGCCUUUGCAUAUUGUAGUAAGAUGACACGUCUUGCAAAGUUGAUAGUGUUUCUUGGUUGUUUAAGAUACAUACAAGGAUCAGCAUCGUGCAAGUCUUCGGAUGGAAAAGAAGUUGACUGGUUCAUCAUCUACAAAGUACCAAAGUUAACAAGUCCUAAUAAAACAAGCGGAACCGAGUUUUUCUACAUGGAUACUGCUUCGCCAUCGUUUUCCUUCUCACAAAAAGAUAUCACAAAAAGUAUCGAAAACCCUUUAUAUGAGACGCUGAAGGCACUAUACGAUCAGUCUCCAGAUAUCGUAACUUAUGCAAUGUAUAAUGACCAACCACCACCCACAGUUAAAGCUGCAGAUGGUAGACACGCCCACUCUAAAGGUGUUUUGGCGUUUGACAAUACUAAGGGAUUUUGGAUUGUCUCAAGUGUACCGAAGUUUCCAUCUCCCGUUGCGAAAGGUUUCAUGUUUUCGGAUUCGCAAACAAAAUUUGGACAAAGUAUACUCUGUGUCACUGUUGCAAAAACAGUUGAGAAUAUUUUGAAAACCGUAUUCGGAACGACAAAUCCUUAUAUUUAUGACAAGAAAAACUUUGAUAUAAAAAUCAGUAACCCAAUGAAUUCCGUACACAUUCCAAUCAAAACUUUUGGAAAUGUUCAAUUGGAAAUACUUGCUAAGUCAGCUUCGUUUGGACAAGAUAUUUAUGACAAAUUGAUUUCUCCGAAGUUGGCAGACCAUUUAUUGGUUCGAACAUGGAGACCUAAGCUUUUAGACACUGCUAUGGUAUCAAACGUCAUCAAUGCUUGUUUUCCCAAUAAAAUUGCGUUCAACCAUGGGAUAGAUCACUCUAAGUGGGCGGUAACUGAAAACAAACAUUUGAUUUGUAUCGGUGAUAUAAAUAGACAGGAAACUCAAGCAAAGAGAGGCGGAUUGUCACUUUGUCUGACGAAUGCAGGCGCGUCAAAAGAAUUUUGAGAACUUUCCAAUCGAUGUGCAGCCAACAAUAAAAAUGCACCACCCAGGGGAAUCUGUCCAAACCCAAAGAGGGCAAAAAUUUCACCAUAAAACGCUUUGACUUUUAUUCAUCCAACGGAAUAAUCAAUUCUUGGUGUGAAAACUACAUGUAUUUUUAAUUAGUUUCAAUUAAACAAAUGAAUCUAACCACGUAUUGACUUUUAUAAAAAUGUUGAACAGUUAACAUGUCUGCUUAGUAUAAUGAAUAAUUUUUUCAGUUUAUAUUAAAUCAACAGAAAAUAUACGAGGUAAAUUUUCCAGAAAUCUUUUACAUAAAGAAAUACAAGACAGAUAAUAAAAACAAAUAUUCCUUUUAAACUAACGAUCGGAAUGGAAUAUCAUUGGUAAGCUCUGUUUAUGUAAUAUAAAAGCAUUACGCCACAUUCAAUAAACUAUAUAUAACACUGUUUUGCUGAUUUU